GUAGAUAUAACUAGAUGAUUGAUUCUUAUAUUAUAAAAAAAAAUGGGAUGGUAAUGAUUGAUAUCCACUAUAAAGUGUGCAAACAAUAAGUGGACAUGUCCUUUUUCUGCUUCACUAGUGUCAGAAGUUGUCGUCUAAGUACACGCGCACACAUGCACGCAAACACACAGUAUAUAACCUAGAGGAGUCACAGUCGCAAAGCAAGGACGCUUCCAGUUUGUUUUAAUUUUUUUCGUUUUGUUUUAGCUUUAAACCACUCUUGAACCAGAUUUCUGAUGCUUUAUCACUCCAAAAUAGUCAACAUGGUGGUCGGUUUGACUCUGCUGAGCAGUGCUGCCUCUUCCAUUAGGCAAGCACCUCUGCCCAGCCUGUGGGGCAAUGUGGCCCAAUUCACUGUGGGCUGCAGACACUGGAGACUAGAACCUCACGUCUUCAUCCCGGCUCUGGACCACCUCACCGUUUGCCUCCACAUCAACUUCAAGGUCGUGGGGAUUCAAAGCAAAUGGACGGCCUUCAUGUACCAUCACCCGGAGGUCCGGUGUGCCACUUUAGGUUUGGGGGGCCAGGAGGAUGCUCUGGUGGUCUGGUUGUUUGGCACAGAGUGGACUACGCCCCCCCUCGGCCUCGCCCCGAGGGAGUGGCACUCGUUAUGUCUGACCUGGUCCCACAUUAAAGACAGACCUGUAUUGUACAUCAACGGGACGCUGACAGAGCUCCAAGCAGCUGAGGAUAGCAUCAGCCCUCCGCCUGUCUUCCCCUCCUGCUGCAAGCUGGCCCCCAACGGGACCCUCACCUUGGGAGCGGCCCACCAUCCGGUGGACGGUAUCAAACCAACCGGUGACUUUAUGGGCAGCUUGUCUCUCUUCCGCUUGUGGGGGCGACAGCGCAGCAGCCAGGAAGUGAGCAUGCGCCAAUGCACCGAGGGAGAUGUGGUCCACUGGAGCAGGGAGCAGUGGGACACCCACGUGUGUGCCCCCAUACCAGAUGACACCCUCACCUGUGAGUGGUCCAUUUACACAGUGAGCCUGAAGUUCAACAUUGUUCGCUACGACGGGAACAACACGGAGCUCUACACAGCCAGAGACAUUGCACACCGCUGGCUCAGAGCUGUGUUGCCUUCGGUCAUCUAUUUACACAGAGUAUCUGUGUUUGAAGCAACUAGAUCCAGCGCAGAUGAUGAUAACGUGACGAAAACUUCAAGUGGAGACAAACUGAUGCAAUGGGCCUCUUUCAACAUCAAGUGGUUCGGCGGCCUGGUGUACUUGAACGUCAUCCCCGCUGAGGACGUGGCAGUGGUGCAGCACAAGAUUCACGCAAAACUGGGGCCCCCCUACCGGUACCCCGGAGGGCGGGUCCAGGUGCUGGCCGAUGAAGCCAGUAUACAAACCACGCCCGUCGACAGUUUCCCCUCCUAUCCGACGACGCCCCCACCCGCCGCAACUUCAAUGCUUACUUCCUCUCCCACGCAAACGUCCCCCAACGUAUCAGAGCUAUACUACGAGGUUCGGGUCAUUGCGGUAAUCACGGGAGAGUGUGACGCUUAUCAUCUUCUCGCCACAUGGCUCAACGACACUCUGUCGGAACACAUGAUGGUGAUGCCGGGCCUUCAGCUGCUCCCCAAAGAUGUCGGACGUAAAAACACCCUCACGUCCGUCUCGCCAUCGACUGAUGGGGUCUCUGCAAAGAUGGUGUCCAGCGAGAAGCUGGUCUUCCAAGUUCUGGUGAUGACAUCGCUCGAACACUCGCAGGAAACGGAAACCCUGAUACGAGACCUGCUCUUGAUGCCUUACUCCCAAGGCUCCGCCUCCAUAGCGACCCAGGAUGUACAAAUAAGCCGCAUACUGGUUGUGAGGUGUCAAGGGGAGAGUCAGUUGACGAGAAAAGGCUUAUUUAAGUGGCCUGUCACGCCCGGGGGCAAAAUGGCCACUCGGCCGUGCCCCGGAAACACUCAGAAAUACGCCACCAGACACUGUAAACUGAGCCACAGCAGCCGGUGGAUGGCCCCAAACCUACAAUACUGCCCUCUAGUGGUGGAGACGUUCUGCGAUCUGGAUUUUGUGGAAGUCACUCCCGAGAACGCCUUGGACGUGUUGGAGAUGAUGGAAAGUUUACUGAGCAACCGCUCCAAGCUCAACUACCAGGAGUUGGUGACGGUGGUGGACAAACUGAAGGACGUGGUGGGCGUCAGGGUGGUGACUGCCGCCCUGGGACAAGCUCUCAUCGAUACCAUCUCGGACGUCCUGGAGUCUCACAGCUACCUAUUGCCUUUCACAAACAUCAUUCUGAACAUCACCGAGGCUGUGGGGGACUUCAUGGUGGGUUUCCAGGGCUCGUUCUCUAUGGCGGCGCCGGGCGUGGCAGUCUCAAUGGUGGACGUGGUUCGGGGGCAGUUUGCCGGUUUGACUUUUGGAGUGUCGUCACGUGGGAUCGGCUCCAAACCUGAGAUUUUCCUCAACAACGUCCCCCUUGAGGGCACCGCGGCUUUGGUCGUUUUGCCCCCCGUCCUGCAGCACAGCUUCCCGGAGAACCAGAGCCCACCCAGGGUCCAGUUUCAGUUCUAUGGCAUUCCGGAGCUUUUCAAUAACAAGCAGAAGAAUCUCAUCCUCAACAGCUUAGUGGUGUCCGCCAGCGUGUGCAACAUCACCUCCCCGAUCCAGGACCUCCGAGAAGAUGUCCGCGUCACGCUGCGUCACCUCCGACCCAAACACCCCCACAUGGACACACACUGUGCGUAUUGGAACUUCAAUGAGAACAACGGACACGGAGGCUGGGACCCUCGUGGCUGCAACAAGCACAAUAGUACCAUCAACUUCACCACGUGCCUUUGUGAUCAUCUCACACACUUUGGAGUUCUACUGGAUGUGUCGAGAGCUCCAGUGGAUGAAGCUCACGAGCGUGUGCUGACACUCAUCACCUACGUUGGGUGCGGCGUCUCGUCACUGUUUUUGGGGCUCACAGUCCUCACUUACACAGCGUUUGGGAAACUGCGCAUAGACUACCCAUCGCAGAUCCUCAUCCACCUCUCUGUGGCCCUGCUGGGCCUGAACUUGGCCUUCCUGCUUAACUCGUGGCUCUCGUCGUGGGGCGUGGAGGGCCUCUGCGUGGCCGCCGCUGCCACUGUCCACUACUUCCUCCUGGCGUCCUUCACCUGGAUGGGACUCGAGGGGGUCAACAUGUACUUUGCCCUCGUCAAGGUCUUCAACGUCUACGUGCCGGCGUACAUACUCAAGUUUUGUGUGUUGGGCUGGGGCAUUCCGCUGGGAAUUUGCGUGCUGGUGCUCAUUGUGAACAGAGACGCUUACGGUGACCACUUUCACACUGACACAAGGAGCAGUCUGGAGCCACUCGACAACACUGACAACUUCUGCUGGUUGCAGGAUGACGUGAUGUUCUACGUAACUGUGGUUGCCUACGCCUUGCUGGUGUUCCUCUUUAAUAUCGCUGUUUUUGUGGUAGUUGUGAUUCAGAUCCGCCACACGCGGGCCAAUAGUCCCGCUGGGACCCGCAGAGGACUGAUGCACUACCUGAAGGGGGUAGCCACUCUGACUUUGUUACUCGGACUCACCUGGACCGCCGGAUUUUUUACCUGGGGCCCGGCCCGGGUGGUCCUGUUCUACGUGUUCUCUCUGCUCAACAGCCUGCAAGGUGUUUUCAUCUUUCUCUUCCACUGUCUGAUGAAGGAAAAUGUUCGAAGACAAUGGAGGGUUCACCUGUGCUUUGGUAAAUUUCGACUGGAGGACCAUCACUCAGAGUGGAGCCACUCCGUGUCCGCGAGCGGCCUCGCCAAACAGAAACCACCGAGCCCUCUAAACGCAGGCGUGUCGUCGGUGCGCUCCGUUGAGUCCGACUCCACAGAAAGCACUUCGGCCUCCUCGGAGUCUGGCCGACGGGGCUCGUCCUGGGAGAGGCCUGACCUGGGUAUUUUCGUGAAGUCGCUGUUUUCCCCCCGUGCUCAUACAAGCAAUCGAGGCACUCAAACGAUUCCCCCACACCGUGAUGGAGGACCGCACACCAGACGUCAAGCGCUCAGCCCGGUCGGCGUCAUUGACACCGGACAGCGAAAUUAAUCGCUCCUCAUCCUUGAAGGGGCGAUGAGUAUGGAGCUGGGAGGGAAAAGACCGAGAGGAAGACCAAAGAAAAGGUUGAUGGAUGUUGUGAGGGAAAACAUGAGGGCAGCUGGUGUGAGAGAGGAAGAUGCAGGAGAUCGGCUUACAUGGAAAAAGAUGAGAAGAUGUGGCGACCCCUAACGGGACAAGCCUAAAGUAAAAAAAAAAAAAAAAAAAGAUGAUUAACUGCAUGUGAGUUAACUGUGCAAUUAGAUUUUUAUCACUAGAGGGACACCUCGACUUGUUUAAUCCAUUGUGAGUACACUUGUAACUCAAAUCACUCAUCUAAAAUUGUCAUUUGCCAAUAAAAUGAAUGAAAAUGGCAUUGAUCAGUCCCUCUUCCUUUUCACAUUGUCAUGUGUUUUUGAUGGGGUGGGGAUAGCAUGCUUCAUUAUUGUAAUUUAUAAAUACCCAUUUCAAUUUCUUGCUCCAAUUUGAUGGAUACUGGGCCUCUCCU